AUGUCUUAUCUUGCCCAACGUACCCUUUCGUCUACCUCCGUUAAAGUCGCUGGUGCUUUGAGCACGAACGCUACGCGUCUGUUUUCUACCACUGUGCCUGCACGCGACAUUUCUUUCGAUCUCAGCGAUGAGCAACGCACUUACCAGGAACUCGCACGCAAGUUUACGCGUGAAUACAUCACACCGGCUGCCAGGCAUUACGAUGAAACUAUGGAGUACCCAUGGCCUGUCCUCAAGAAGGCGCACGAGGUCGGUCUUUUGAACACGCACGUUCCCGAAGCGUUUGGCGGUCCCGGUCUCAGCUUGAGGGAGUGCGCGCUCAUUUCCGAGGAGCUUGCGUAUGGCUGCACUGGUAUUCAGACGGCUAUGGAGGCAAAUGGUCUUGCCGAGGCGCCUUUGAUCGUCGCUGGCAGCGAAAGGCAGAACGCCAAGUACCUCUCGCGUAUGAUUGACGAACCGCUUGUCGCAUCGUACGCGGUCACUGAGCCCGGUGCAGGCUCGGAUGUUGCGAAUAUCCAGACCAAGGCAGUCAAGAAGGGAGACAAGUGGAUUUUGAACGGUACCAAGAUGUGGAUCACCAACGCUGGCUACGCAAAUUGGUACUUUGUGCUCGCCAAGACAGACCCCAACGAGCGUCCCCACAAGGCACUCUCUGGCUUCAUUGUUGACGGCGAUAGUGCCGGUCUGAUCCGCGGCAAGAAGGAGAUUAACAUGGGUCAGCGUUGCUCUGACACGCGUAUGGUUACCUUUGAGGAUGUCGAGGUUCCUCAGGAGAACAUGCUCGGCUCUCCCGGCGAUGGUUUCAAGAUUGCUAUGGGUGCGUUUGACAUCACUCGCCCGCUUGUCUCCGCUGGUGCCGUGGGUCUUGCCCAGCGUGCACUUUACGAGGCGACCAUCUAUGCAAAGGAGCGCAAGACGAUGGGCAAGCCGAUUAUUGCACACCAGGCCGUCGCCUUUAUGCUCGCCGACAUGCAGAUGGCCGUGGAAUCCUCCCGUAAUUUGGUGUGGAAGUCCGCGUGGGCCAAAGACGCUGGCGAGCGCAAUAGCUUCUGGGCAAGCAUGGCUAAGUGCAUGGCUGGCCGUGCCGCUGUCUCGAACGCAAACGACGCUGUGCAAAUCUACGGUGGCCUUGGUUUCAACUCGGAGAGCGCUGUGGAGAAGCUGUACCGUGACGCAAAGAUCUUUGAGCUGUACGAGGGCACCUCGCAAAUCCAACGCUUGGUCAUCUCGCGCCAGCUCGCUGACUUGUACGAUGCGUAA